GCAUGCGCCCUGGCGUGUGAAGUUCAUGUGUUCCGGAACAGCGUGCAGUGGAGGUCACUUUCCUGAGCCGGAUAGAGAGUGCUGCUGGAGGCUGCACACCAUAAUGGCCAAGCUGUUUGAGAGCAUCGGGAAACUGGGUCUGGGGCUGGCCCUGGUGGGAGGGGUGGUGAACUCCGCCCUGUAUAAUGUGGACGCUGGUCACAGAGCAGUGAUAUUCGACCGCUUCCGAGGAGUCCAGGACAUCGUGGUGGGAGAGGGAACGCACUUCCUCAUUCCCUGGGUUCAGAAACCAGUCGUGUUCGACUGCCGGUCUCGCCCACGCAACGUCCCGGUCAUCACAGGGAGUAAAGAUCUGCAGAACGUGAACAUCACGCUGAGAAUCCUGUUCAGGCCCAUGGCGGGCCAGCUGCCCCGAAUCUUCACCAGCAUCGGGGAGGACUACGAUGAGAGAGUGCUGCCCUCCAUCACCACGGAGGUCCUCAAGUCUGUCGUGGCUCGCUUUGACGCGGGGGAGCUGAUCACCCAGAGAGAGCUGGUGUCCCGGCAGGUGAACGAAGACCUGAUGGAGAGAGCCGCCACCUUCGGGCUCAUCCUCGACGACGUCUCCCUGACUCACCUGACCUUCGGGAAGGAGUUCACGGAGGCUGUGGAGAUGAAGCAGGUCGCCCAGCAGGAGGCAGAACGAGCCCGCUUCGUGGUGGAGAAGGCGGAGCAGCAGAAGCAGGCCACUAUCAUCUCGGCGGAGGGAGACUCCCAGGCAGCCCUGCUCAUCGCGGACUCGCUAGCCACGGCGGGCGACGGGCUGGUGGAGCUGCGCAAGCUGGAGGCGGCCGAGGACAUCGCCUUCCAGCUGUCCCGCUCCCGCAAUGUCACCUACCUGCCAGGGGGCCAGAGCACGCUGCUGCAGCUCCCCCAGUGAGGGGGGCCAGGCCCACAGAGAGGAGAGCAGCCCGCCAGGGAACCAGAUUCACCAGAGCGGGCCAGGCUAGCACCAGCAGACCAUUCCUGUGCUUUUUUUUUUUGUUUGUUUUUUGUCCAUAUACUUUGUCCACCCAGUACGAUGAUGUGGCGGUCUUUUGAUAAUACACAAUCUCUCUCGAUCUCCAUAAUAUAAUCAGCUGAUUUAACAUGGUUGCACUUGCAUAUUAUUGUUAAUUCUCCCAGGUGGGCUCUUCUACAGGUUUGACUGUAACAUAUUUAGUUUCCAGGCAUGUGCAAAGAAUACAUGAAAUAAUGUGUCUUGGAAGAGCUGAAAAGCAGUGCAGAUUGAAAAUGAAUCUGUAGAUUUGUGAGAGCGCCCUGGACUGACCCAUUGGCGCUGGGUGUGCCCUGCCUUGCCGUGUUUCAGCGUUUGGGUUUAGUCUCGCUGUCCCGCAUCUCAUCAUCUCACGCAGUGUUGCUGGAGACAAGCUGCACUUUUACUGACUGCAUACUUGGGUUUGGUAACCUCUUGGACUUCUGCUAAUGGAGUCAUUUGUACCCCCUGUUUUUAUAUUAUGUUUAGUUCAUCCAGGCAUAAAAAAAAAAAAUCCCUAAACUAAGUGAAGUCGCUUGAUUUCUAAAACAAGAUUUGACGAUAUUGUUUGAAUAUUUCCUGGUAUGGUUUCCGAUUAUUUGUCAGGUUCUGUGUUUAAUCCCUGAAUGAAAGUUAUAUAUAUAAAUUUGAAUCAUCUGCCACGUGUGUGCUGGUUUUGACGAGCGCCGGUCCGUGCAGCCCAGUGCGGUCGCUGCAUUACUAAUGCUAUGUCAAUACAAAGCUUCUUAUUGAAGGGUGUGGUUGGGCUGAGCUGGUGUCGCUAGUGGUUGGUACCAGUUCUGAAAUGUUUUCCUGCUGUUGCAGUGGGGCUGGUCAUAUGACCACUUGCGCAGCACUUGAACUGAAAACUCAUGUAUUUAAUUUUUUUUUUGUGGGGAUGGGUGUUGAAAUAUUGAGGAAUGAAAUAAAGAUGUGAAACACUG